CAUUAAGCUUUUACUGUUAGUCCACAGUUACAGUGUUUAGGAAAGAUUCUCUUAUACUUGCAAUGAAUUACUUGUGUUUUAAGGCAAAAAUUAAUUAUAAAGCUAUGACUAGAGUGAUUGUAAGAUUCUGUUCACCUUUCAAAUAAUUAUUUCCUUCUUUUAUUGGUCAGUUUUGCUGACGUCAUAAGACCAUAAUCAAAGGUUAUGAAGGUAAUCCCUUCUCAAUUUUGAUUCUCUGCCAGGGCGCAGAAGCAGAAGGAUCCCGCCUACGGCGCAUGUGUGAGGAUAGGGUAGUUUGACCUUGUGUUUUGGGAUUGUCCGCUUCAAGUUCAUCAUCGGGUGGGCGGGAUCAGUGUGCUACCGGUGUUGGGUCGUGAGCGGUUGGCGGGGUCACUCUUUUGCAGUGAUCCGCGGGGUGUUGGUCGAGGACUGGAAUCUACAUCGCAAUCAUGUCGAAAGUUCACCCAACUAUGAGUGAUUAUGAGCGGCGCAAGCAAAUUAGUGUGCGUGGUAUGGCACAAGUGGAAAACGUGGCAGACAUUAAGAAGACCUUUAACCGACAUGUGCACUACACUCUAGUCAAGGAUCGCAACGUGGCGACCACGAGAGACUACUAUUUUGCCUUGGCACAUACAGUUCGUGAUCACCUGGUCUCAAGGUGGAUAAGGACUCAACAAAACUACCAUGAGAAGGAUCCAAAGCGAAUCUACUACCUGUCAUUGGAGUACUACAUGGGACGGUCGCUCCAGAACACCAUGGUCAACCUGGGCAUUCAGAGCGCCUGCGACGAGGCGCUGUACCAGCUCGGCCUGGACAUUGAGGAGCUGGCAGAAAUGGAGGAGGACGCCGGCCUGGGUAACGGCGGACUGGGCCGGCUGGCCGCCUGCUUCCUCGACUCGAUGGCCACCAUCGGACUGGCCGCCUACGGCUACGGCAUCCGCUACGAGUACGGCAUCUUCGCGCAGCGCAUCAAGAACGGCGGCCAGGUGGAGGAGCCGGACGACUGGCUGCGCUUCGGGAACCCGUGGGAGAAGGAGCGGCCCGAGUACCUGCUGCCGGUCGGCUUCUACGGCCGCAUUGACGACGGCAAAUGGAUCGACCGGCAGCUGGUGUACGCUCUGCCGUACGACACGCCCAUCCCGGGCUACGGCAACAACGUGGUCAACACACUGCGCCUCUGGUCGGCCAUGUCAGCCGCCAGUUUCAACCUCCAGUUCUUCAACAACGGUGACUACAUCCAGGCGGUGUUGGACCGUAACCUGGCCGAGAACAUCUCGCGCGUGCUCUACCCCAACGACAACUUCUUCGAGGGCAAGGAGCUGCGUCUGAAGCAGCAGUACUUCAUGGUGGCCGCCACCGUGCAGGACGUGAUGCGCCGGUUCAAGUCGUCCAAGUACGGCACCAAGAUCCCGCGCCGCACCACGUUUGAGGAGUUCCCGGACAAGGUGGCCAUCCAGCUGAACGACACGCACCCGUCGCUGGCCAUCCCCGAGAUCAUGCGCGUCUUCAUGGACGAUGAGGGUCUCGGUUGGGAUGAGGCGUGGGACCUGGUGACGCGCACGUGCGCCUACACCAACCACACGGUGUUGCCGGAGGCGCUGGAGCGCUGGCCGGUCAGCAUGCUGGAGAACAUGCUGCCCAGACACCUGGAGAUCAUCUACAAGAUCAACUGGAAGUUCCUCGAACAGGUGAACCACCGGUGGCCGGGUGACCUGGAGCGCCUGAAGCGCAUGUCGCUGGUCGAAGAGGACGGCGAGAAGCGUGUCAACAUGGCCCACCUGGCCAUCGUCGGCUCGCACGCCGUCAACGGAGUGGCCGCCAUCCACUCGGAGAUCAUCAAACGCGACAUCUUCAAGGACUUCAGCGAGAUGUGGCCGGACAAGUUCCAAAACAAGACGAACGGCAUCACGCCGCGCCGCUGGCUGCUGCUCUGUAACCCGGGGCUCUCGGACGUCAUUGCCGACAAAAUCGGCGAGGACUGGAUCAUCCACCUGGAGCAACUGGAGAAGCUGAAGCCGCUGGUGUCCGACGCCGGUUUCGUGCGCGCCGUCCAGAAGGUGAAGCAGGAGAACAAGAUGAAAGUGGCGCAGAUGCUGACAGAGCAGUACGGCGUCCAGGUCAACUCGGCGUCCAUGUUCGACAUCCAGGUGAAGCGGAUCCACGAGUACAAGCGGCAGCUGCUCAACUGCCUGCACGUCAUCACCAUGUACAACCGGAUCAAGAAGAACCCAUCGGCGCCGUUCGUGCCGCGCACGGUGAUGGUGGGCGGCAAGGCGGCGCCCGGUUACCACAUGGCCAAACAGAUCAUCCGACUCAUCAACUGCGUGGGCGACAUCGUCAACAACGACCCCGUGGUCGGCGACAAACUCAAGGUGAUCUUCCUGGAAAACUACCGCGUCACGCUGGCCGAGCGUAUCAUCCCGGCGGCCGAUCUGAGCGAGCAGCUCUCCACAGCUGGCACAGAGGCGUCCGGCACCGGCAACAUGAAGUUCAUGCUGAACGGUGCGCUCACCAUCGGCACGCUGGACGGCGCCAACAUCGAAAUGAAGGACGAGAUGGGCCAGGAGAACAUCUUCAUCUUCGGUAUGACCGUCGACGAGGUGGACGCUAUGAAGGCGCGCGGCUACAACGCCCACGAGUACUACAAUAAGCUGCCCGAGCUGCGCCAGUGCAUCGACAUGAUCAGCAGCGGCUUCUUCUCGCCGCACGACAUCAACAUGUUCAAGGACGUGGUGGACAUGCUGAUGAACCACGACCGCUUCCUGCUGUUCGCCGACUACGAGUCCUACAUCCGCUGCCAGGACGAAGUCGGCAAACUCUACAUGAACCAGGAGGCCUGGGUGCGCAAGGCCAUCAUGAACAUCGCCUCGUCGGGCAAGUUCUCCAGCGACCGCACAAUCGCCGAGUACGCUCGCCAGAUCUGGGGUGUCGAGCCCAGCUGGGAGAAGCUGCCGGCGCCGCACGAGCCUCGCGACCAGUAGACUGCCAGCGGCCGCCGGCCGCGCAGAAAUUCUAGUAGGGCCGAUCGCCGUCCGGCCGGCCCGAGUCGGCGGGCGCCGCGCCAUGCUAGUCUGUAGGAGGGGCGGUGUUCGCGCUGUGAUUAGGCUUCCAGGAUUGUUUGUUAAAUUGUUGCGUCCUGGCGCAUCCGGUCCUAGUUUGCGCGGCUAGGACAGUUUUGGUGCGUUCUCUGCCAACGGCGACUGCCAUUUUCGGAGCUCGGGGUGCGCCCCUGUCGGCGCGUUGGGCUCGCCCGCUGCUCCGCUCUAUCUCGAUGGACGUAAAUCUCGAUGUCUGACACUCUUUGCCAGUUGCAAUACACGGUCUUUGACUGCC